UUCUUUUUUUUAAUCAAUUGUUUUCUUUUCUCUUCCAAUGUAAUCAACUUAUUUUCUAAUUGCAAUUAGUGUUUUAUUGAUUUUCUUUUUUUUGUGGUUUUAGAAUAGAUCUUUGUUGAUAUUAAUCUUCUUUUGUGUGUGUGUGAAUUAUUGGUGUUUGGAAGGUCUGGUGAGUUGGAAAAAUGGUUCUUUCGGAAGAUCUGAAAGAUAUUCACAGAGACUUAGAGAAGGCUAAACUUAAAGGAGAUUAUCGUGAAGUGUCCCGAUGUUAUAAUUUUAUUGGUGUUACUUAUUCCAAUCAAGGUAAAUAUAAGGAAGCACUGAAAGCUCACCAGAAAGAAUUGGAAACCUGUCAAAAAACUAAAGAUCGACUUGAUGAAGCGGUUGCCCGUCGGAUGAUCGGUGAUGUUUAUUGUGAAAUGGGUCAAUAUAAAUCAGCCUUAAUCUCUUUCCGUCAAUACUUAGAGAUUGUUAAAUCUUUAAAUGUGGACGUUGAAAUGCAAAGGGCAGCAGUUUGUAUGGGUAGAGUUUAUUGGCUAAUUUAUAGUGAAAAUACAAAGGAAAAUAAAAGAGCUCUUUUUAAUGCUGGAAAAUUUUAUUCUAGUGCCUAUUCUAGAGCUUCUAAGUUGACAGGAAAGGUUCCCCAGCAAGAGCUUGAUCUGAUGAUCUGUCGGUGUUUAUUGAAUUACUCCCUUGUUCUGGAUGCCAAAGCCAACGAGAAGUGUAUACCUUAUACUAAAUCUGCUCUUAUUUAUGCCAAAAAAUGUGGUGAAAAGGAUGACAUGUUAAGGUGUCAACUCUCUUUGUCCGGAAUGUUACAAAAACGAGGUUUAUUUGAAGAGGCUCGAAACAUGGUUGAAGAAGCCAUGAAAACGGCUAAAUUGGUUAAAGAUUUUGUCCAGUUGGGUGAAGCCUUAAUUACCAAAGCAACAAUUCUCGCUAAUCUAGUUGACUAUCAAGGUGCUCGUCAUCUAUAUAAAUUGGCCUAUCAUACAAAGUCAAUUGCUGAGGAGCAUAAAAUUCAGGCCAAAUCGGGUCACAAGGUUAUGAAAAAAGUGAUUGAAACUCUUAAAGAGAUUAGCUCAACAACGGAUUUAGAGGAACAUGUAAAGUUUUAUGAUAAAUUGGGUGAUUAUUUUGUCGAAAUUGGUUGUUAUUCAAAUGCAAUCGAUUAUUAUAAACGUGAAUUAGAAGCUGCAAUUAAAUUGUGUAAACCUGAUGAAGAAUUGGCCAAUAUUUACUGUUCCGUUGGACAGACUUACGUUGAUAAUCAACAAUAUUCACUUGGACUUAAUUAUUAUCAAAAGGCUUUAGGACAUCGAGAACCAGGAUCAGACCUCGAAAUUGACUGUUUAGUGACCAUAUUUGAAAUAAAGGUCGAACUUGAUUGUGAUUUCGAUACAAUUCACCAAGAAUUUGAGGAGACACUACCCAAAUGUACCAAUGAUACAUUCAGAAAACAGAUUCUUUAUGCUUAUUAUAAUUAUCUAGUGGACAAGAAUAAGCCCGUUAUCGAGAAAGAGAUCAAAUCUAAACUGGAAACGCUCGAGAAACUUAAACCUAUUGAAGAGCCUGAAGUUAAUGAGGAAACUGCUGAAGUCGAAAGUUCCAAGUCAGAAUCUGAUUGUGAAAUGUCCGAUUUAACUGAUAUGUCGGAAGCAGAAAAUGAUGAUGAAAUUGAAGUUAAAGGUAAAUUUUUACGAACUCGACGAACCCGAAAACUGGCCAAUUUUAAAGUUAACGAAAAAGGUGAAUCGUCUCUUCAUCGGGCUUGUAUUGAGGGUAAUUAUGCCAAUGUGAUUAAAUUGGUUGAAGGAGGUCACGAGGUUAACGUUCGUGAUCACGCUGGUUGGCUGCCCAUUCAUGAGGCCGCCAAUCAUGGUUAUGCUGAUAUAGUUGAAUAUCUGAUUAAACACAAAGCUCAUCUGAACGAUCGGGGUGGAUCAGAGUGCGAUGAGACCACACCAUUGCUCGAUGCCUGUGCAAAUGGACAUGUUUCUGUGAUUAGAGUUUUAAUUCGUAAUGGUGCCAAUGUUACAUGUCGAGAUGCUCGAGGAUUUACCCCUUUGGAUCAUUUGAAGAGGCGAAUAGGAGAUGGUGAGGGUUUGACCUCAGAUGAAAAGGAAGACGUUCGAUUAUUAUUUAAGGAAUUGGAAGAUCUCAUGAGGAAAGAAGGUUUUGAUUUUAAUGCGAAAAAUUUGGUUAAAAGAAAACACACCAAUUCUAGUGUGAUUGGUAAACCGAUUGAUAAUUUUCGCUCCCGUCGAAAUCGAUCUCCUUCAACAAGUCCACCAAGGAAAUCUUUAAAAUCAAAUAAACACCGAGAAGCGGUUGAGGCUAAAAAAGCGUAUAAAGAAACCAUCUCCUCACUUCGGCGACCUCACGAUAUUGUCAAUGGUCCACCGCCUGCUAAAAAUAAAUCAAAAUUUCGAGGACUUAUCGAUGAAUCAGAAUGUGUAGUUGACGAAUGGAUGAUAAACGAUCUGAAACCUUCGGCAUUGAAAGAUAAACCAGUUCGAGACGCGUACGAAAUGACAUCGAGGUUAGAAAAGAUUCACGAACGAGGAGAAUCAUCGACACCGUCAUGUUCAUCGUCAAGGGUUAAAAAUAAACAGCGAGAAAUGAAACAGACUAAAUCUCGAGCACGAAGUGGCCUUGAUCGAUGUAUGAAUAUAAACGAUAGUGAUGACCAAGAAUCAGAGGAUAAAAGUGAAGACGAAGAUGAUGACAUUAUUAUCGAUGUAAACGAUGAUGAUGAUGAUAAUCGUCCCAAACCAGAUGAAACUAUUCCCUCGACUCAGGAUUUCCUGGAAGAGCCGACUUUCGAGUGGACACAACAACGAGAAUCACCCGAACCUGAACUAACCGAGGACAGUGUUGACUAUAUGGACAUUGAAAAGAGAAAAGGUUCAUCGAGAAGACGUAAAGAUUAUCCAAGAUCAAAUUCCGACAGAAUGGACAGUAUAUCAACAUCAUCUUCUCCUCCUCCGUUUAUCUCUUCCUUCCCACCGGCAUCAUCUUCAUCUCCACCCUCACCCAUUACGAAAACAGCCAACCCUCCAACCUCCUCCUCUCCACCCAGAAUAGUGACAACUGACCAGCCCGUUGUCCCGAUUGCCAAUGAACGUUUCCCGGUCAAUGUUCAUGUUGCCAAGUCAAAAUUUUUCUUCAUGAUCACCAACCGAUCAGCCCAAGUUUCAUGGUUAGCAGAUAAAGUUGCCGACCGAUAUUAUCAACAAUUUCAACUUCGUCCAAAACUUUCCUUGACCACUGAAGAGGGAGCCAUUCUUGGCCUUGAUGACCUUGUUGUCGAUGUUUGUUUAAACGGUCAAUUAUAUGCUUCCGUUGAAUCUUGGGAUUUGGAACCGUUACCUGAUCGUUACGAGUCAAGUUGUAAACUAAAAAAGGUUCCGGUUAACUGUGACCUUAAAUUCCGAUUAAAGUUAUCGGAAACAAGUGGAACUCUUGAAUUGACCAAUAUGCUUCUUGGAAAGACGAUCGUUGGUCACUUUUUAUUAUCCCUUCGAUGUCAAAAGAGUCUUAGAAUUUUAGAUUUCUCUUUUAGUGAUAUUAUUCUGCUCGAUAAGGAUGACAAUUUAUCGCAAAUUUUAUCAACUCUUCCCGAUUUAGAAGAAAUCAACUUCAAGGGAACCGGAUUAGUCUCAUUUAGAUUAUACUCUCUCUGUAGACACGAAUACGACAAUCUAAUCAAUAUUGAUUUCAGUUACAAUCUAUUGGACGAUAAAUGUUCAAAUAAUUUGAUCCAGUUAAUAAGUAAAUGUCCAAAUCUACGAAAAAUUGAUCUUCGUUACAACGAUUUCUCGGAACAAUUUAUGGAAACAACAGAUUUAAUUGAAAUCACUUCAAACAAAAAUAUAACAUUGUUAAUGAAAUGAUUAAUCAUUUCCACUAAUUAUCUUUCUUAAUUCUAGUAUUAUUAUCAUGUUUAUUAGCUUAAUUAGCUUUCACCAUCAUUGUAUUACCAUCAUCUUUAAUAUUGUCAUCCUCAUCUUCAUCUUGAUACCACAAUUAUAAUUAACUUUGAUUGUAACCCUUUUUAAAUUUAUUGUAACUUGUAAAUGAGCAUUUUAAUUGUCAAACAAGUAAAAACCUCAUCCUCAUGAUUUCCUGAUUAUAUCACCAACAAUUAACAAUCAAAUUAAUACCUGACUUUUAUUCAAGUAACAACAA